GCUCAGAGGCUGCCGCGGCUCACUGCGCCUGCUGCUGGAGACGGAUCGGAGCUAUAAAAGAACUGGCCCGGCGCCGGCUUCGGCCUCAGUCACCGCCUCUGCUCACACGCCGCGGAGAAAUAGCGAGCAGCGCGGCUGGCGAGCCACGGGGCCGGGGAGAGAGUGACGCUCACUCUGGGCAACCCCAAUGCGUGGACUAGCUGCCGCUGCACUAUGCUGGAGCCACAGUGCCGCUGAAGGGAGAGUGCACGCGGCCGGCUGGGCUGGAUUGCAGCGCUGUCUUUCCUUAUGAAGAAGACACAAACUUGGAUUAUCACUUGCUUUUAUCUUCAGCUGCUCCUACUUAAUCCUCUUGCAAAAGCCCAAGGUCCCUGUGGGAAUCCAGUGACAGAUGAUGUGAAUGACAUUACAAAACUGGUUGGAAAUCUUCCAAAUGAUUAUAUGAUAACCCUUAGGUAUGUUCAGAAGAUGGAAACUUUGCCUAAUCACUGUUGGCUGCAUUUGAUGGUGCCUGAGUUUUUAAGGAGUCUGCAUAAUCUUCUGCAAAAAUUUUCAGAUAUGUCUGAUGUUUUAAGCAACUAUUCAAUCAUCAAUAAUCUAACAAGGAUAAUCAAUGAUAUUAUAUUAUGUCUUGAUUCUGAAAAAAAUAAGAAUUUCAUAAAAGAAAAUGGUCAUCUUUAUGAAGAAGGCAGGUUCAUUCCUGAAGAAUUCUUUAGGCGCUUUAAUAGCACCAUUGAAGUCUACAAGGAUUUUGCAAAAGCAUCAGAUCAUAGUGACUGUGUUCUGCCAUCAACAACAAAAACACCAGAGAACAAUCCAAGAGUCACUGUUACAAAGCCAUUUUUGUUACCUCCUGUUGCUGCCAGCUCCCUUAGGAAUGACAGCAGUGACAGUAAGAAAGAGAUGCUCAACUUCCCUAGCAGCCUCAGCCUGAAUGGGAUAAGCAUAGCAUUGGCGUCAUUGUUUUCUCUUCUUAUUGGCUUUACUUUGGGAGCCAUCUGUUGGAAGAAAACACAUCGCACACCCAGGCCAGAAAGUGAUGAAACAACACAGUGUAAUAACUGUCAAGAGGAUAAUGAAAUAAGUAUGUUGCAGCAAAAAGAAAAAGAGCUCCUACAAGUGUAGCUAUUGCUUUUUUCCGGCACUGUUACUGUUUCAUGUUCUGCAGGAAACAGUUCCAUGUUUUCUUCAUAAAUGAAGCAACUUUAAACAUAUUCAUAUUCCUUCUGGAGUGACAGAGUCUGCAUUGGUUGCUGCCUGGGAUCCAUACUGAUUCAAAGAGAUGAGGACAAAGUUGUGUUUGUUACUGUGAAACCAACACUGAAUUGAAGAGCUUCAAGAAGAGUAUGUUCUCAGCAGGACUAUAUUUUAUUCAGAUACCUACCUUGUGUGGAGCUGGGAGUCAUUUAACUGUAAAGACCUUACAACUGAUUCCGGCAGAGGAAGUACAUGGCCUGAACAAAAGACAUCUUACAAAUGCCUUCAGAUACAUGUAAUCUUUCAAAGUCAUAAGGACAUUUGUAUUCUUAAUUUACAUCCUGUGUCCUCUUGUUUACCCUGAUGCCUACAAACGGAGUUCUCUGAAUUGAAAAAAAAUGCAGAAAUGGAAUCAGAAACAUAUUCUUCAGUAUUGUGUAUAAAACUUGCAAGUAAGGUGGCACAGUGGACCAGCGUGCUAGCCUUUUGCUUCUAAGGAACUGGUUUCAUUUCUAGCAAAGGUCACAAUGUAAAGUGAGAUGUAGUCUCUGCCUUGUGCCAGGAGAAUGUAUUUCCACCUCAGAAAACCUCCAAAGAACUUGGCAUAGCUGGUGGUCUCCAAUUAAGAGAAGCAAAUAAUGGAUCAAAAAGAAGUAAAGCAGAGGUGACAGCAGAAGGAUGGAGCCCUGACAGCAUUAGGAGAAACUGCUGAAUGUGUGAAGGCUCCAAUUAAAAUUCUUGCUAUGGAAAGGGGAGAAAAAGCAAAGAGUUUGAAUUGCAUUCAACAUCUGGAAUAACACAAACUCAUGAAAUCUUUACAAAAUAUUGAUGUGUGCCACUGAUUCCUUGGCUUUAUGUAAAAUGUAGGAAAAGUGGAAGUUACUGAGAGAGAACUUAUUAAUUACUGCUGACAUACAGUAAAAGCUAUUUGCAUUGUGUGUUAAAUGACUAAUUAUUUUAAUCUGAUAUUCUACAUUUUUAAAGAUUAACUCUAAUCGAGGGAUGAAAGCUUUAUUUCCAGUUGUCUUCAGCAUCUGCUGCUGUUAUAAAAUACCUGGAACACAGAAAUAAGACUGAUAAUAAAUUAAGACAGGCAUACAUUUUAAAGGAGACAUUAAAAAUUCCAUACUAGAAUCUUCAAUUUAUGCAUCCCAGUUGUACAAGCUCUUUCCAGAAAAUGAAUACGACUUAUUUUAAUGUCUAUUUCAGAAGGAGGGAUGUUUCAC